UAUAUAUUCACAGAGAAAAGCUGCUACCACGAUAUAUAACCACUCAUAAUCUAUCACAAAUAUAAAAACCAAUGUCUUCAUCACAGGUAAACCUAGAAGACUUUCGAAUUCCACUUGAGGCGAUCAUUCGAGCCACAAAAGACUUCAGUAGAAAAAAUCAGGUCGGUGAAGGUGGAUUUGGUACCGUGUACAGAGGACAAGUCUCUGAACACCCGAAAAAAUACUUAGUAGCAAUCAAACGCCUUGAUCCGAAAGCUUAUCAAGGAACCAACCAGUUCACUAAAGAAGUCAACUUGGUUUCAAGUUUUAAUCAUCCAAACAUCAUCCCAUUCGUUGGCUACUGUGACGAUGCAAACGAAAAAAUUAUAGUUUUCAAGUAUGCUAGUAACAGUAGCCUUGAACAAAACCUCUGCGACCCAGAGAAGAGACGUUGUCUAACAUGGGAACAACGCCUUAAGAUAUGUUUGGGGGCAGCAAGAGGAAUCAAGUACCUUCACUCGGGUGUUGGGGAGCACAGCAGAGUAAUUCAUAGAGAUUUGAAGAGUGCAAAUAUUUUGUUAGAUGAAAAUAUGGAAGCCAAUAUAUGUGAUUUUGGUUUGUCAAGACGAAGUCCAAGAAAUCAGCAAGAUACCCGCGUCUGUACAAGGCCUUGUGGUACAAGCUUUUACAUGGAUCCGGUUUACAAGGAAAGAGGUACGCUCUCAAAAGAGUCCGACAUAUAUUCAUUUGGAGUGAUAAUGUUUGAAGUGUCGAGUGGGAUGAUGGCUUAUAAUGAAUGGCGCUUUGAAGAUACUAAGGAACUAUAUCUGAUUGGCCACGUCCGAAGCUACUAUGACGAUGGUGGACUAGUUGAUGGACUUGACAGGUUAAUAGAUUCCACUAUCAAAGAUCAGAUUGAUAUGAGUUCCUUUGAAAAAUUUAAUAAAAUUGCACAUGAGUGCAUUAACUUGGACGUAAGCAAACGCCCUACGGUGGAUAGGAUCAUCAAUACAAUUGUGGAAGCAUUGAAUAUUCAAAAAAUCAUUGCGAGAGCGGUUUCUCCCCUCGAUUUUGGCUCUAUAAAUCAACUUUACUUCUGCUUAUCGAACACACAUAUCCUCCUGGAUCGUGGCUAUCUGAGCUUCCAGCUAGAUAAGGAGAGUGGGAAAAAGUGCUAUAUGUUGGGCGGAAAGGAGCUAUACAUUGCAUUGCAAGAUGAUAACGAAUACCGGAAAUGGGGACACAUAGCUGAAUCAAGGUUUGCAGAGGUGUGCAUACUUAAAAAGGUAUGCUGGCUUGAAAUCCGUGGCAAAAUAGCAUCGGUAAUGUUGUCACAAAACAACACAUAUGUAGUGUAUCUUGUCUAUCAAACUACUAGCGAUUCCCACGGACAUUCUGUGCCAGCUACAACAAUGGUGAGUUUUUGUGGGAUAGGAAUGGUGACUGAAAAUGUGUAUCUUCAAAAAUCAGAGGCUAGUGAAAUAUGGAAAGAAAACUAUGUGUUUCCUCAAAGGAGAAAGGAUGGGUGGAUGGAGAUCAAGUUGGGAGAAUUUGAGUACAAUGAUGGAGAUAAUGGGGAGGUUGAGAUGGCGUAUGUGGAGAACAAUUGGGGACACUGGAAGAAGGGUCUUAUCGUGGAGGGUAUCGAGCUUCGGCCUAAAUAAGUAGAUGUGAUAAUUUUUGUUUGAACAAGUACAUCUAACUAUCAAA